AGAUGCUUUGUUAUUUCAUGUCCCUAUUGAUUUGUGGAUUACUACUGAUACAUUCAUCAGACAGUGUGGCUCAUAAUGAUCCAUGUAAGACCCAUGGUCAUCACGUAAACCAAUGUGCUUUAGCUGGAAAAUGGAGAAACGAGUACAAAUCAGAGAUGACAAUCCAUUGCCAAAACGCCACAAUAACAGGUCACUAUACUGACGUGAGCGGGGAUCCCACACAGCAGUAUCUACUGGUAGGGAAAUAUAUACAGGUCAAUAACACCGAGUACAUCACAGGGUGGUCUGUCGCCUUCAAAAACGAGUACCAUGACGACAUGUCCGUGAAGAGCUGGAGUGGGGUGUACUACGAUGUACACGGGAACAUAAAGACCCACUGGGUGCAUGCCAAAUACGUGGAGCCGAAAAACUACUGGAAAACGUUCUCGACCAAUCAAGACACCUUUACCAGAACAAGUAGCGACCCCUGCUUACCAAACUCCGCUGGUUGAAUGUCAUUCUUUUUACUAAUUAUAAUGAAUUUGUAUCAAUUCAACUCAAGCUUUGAACUGAUUAAUGAAAUAUUGCAUUCUUAUUUUUUUUUAUCAUUAGGCAGAAGCUGUUUUUGUAUAUGUAUAGCGAAUACUUCUGUGAAGAAACAAUGUAAUGUUCUGACUGGUGUGAAAUUGUU